UCUGGUGUGAAACGGGUGUUUGCAGGGCAGGGCAGCAGCUGAUAGAGGAACUCACACCAUCUCCAACAAACAUGAAGAACAUCUGAGUUCAAACACACAGCAGAUCAGCAUUAUACAUAUUUAUAAAGUCACCAUGACUGAGAGCUAUAACACAGAUUUGACGGCGGAGGAGCAGAUGGAGAUCGAGCGGCUGAAGAUGCACAAGCAGAUCCUGCUGGAGGACAUUGAGAAACUGAAGAACCAGAUUGAAAAUGUCAUGGCAGAUAUUCAGGAUUUCAAAUCAGCAGAAGACAAUAAGAUGCUGGAGAGGGAGAAACGCUUCUGUAGUGGCAAGAAGAAAUUCAACAUGGAUCCUAAAAAGGGAAUCAAGUAUCUGGUCGAUAAUGAGCUUCUGGAUUGGAAACCAGAACGCGUGGCCGAGUUCCUGUAUAAAGAGGAAGGACUGAAUAAGACCGCCAUCGGAGACUUCCUGGGAGAGAGGGAGGACAUGCACCUGAAGAUUCUCAAAGCGUUCGUGGAGCUGCACGAGUUUUCAGAUCUUAACCUGGUCCAGGCGUUACGGCAGUUCUUGUGGAGUUUCCGUCUGCCGGGUGAAGCUCAGAAGAUCGACCGCAUGAUGGAGGCCUUCGCCACACGCUACUGUAACUGCAACGCCAACGUCUUCCAGUCCACAGACACGUGUUACAUCCUGUCGUUUGCCAUCAUCAUGUUGAACACGAGUCUGCACAAUCCCAACGUGAAGGACAAGACCUCGCUCGAGAGAUUCAUCAGCAUGAACCGCGGCAUUAACAACGGACAAGAUCUACCCAACGACCUUCUGACGAAUCUCUACAACAGCAUACGCAAUGAACCCUUCAAAAUCCCAGAGGAUGAUGGGAACGAUCUGACGCACACCUUCUUCAACCCGGACCGAGAGGGCUGGCUGCUCAAACUGGGCGGUCGUGUAAAGACGUGGAAGAGACGCUGGUUCAUCCUGACCGAUAACUGCCUGUAUUAUUUUGAAUAUACCACGGACAAAGAGCCGCGCGGCAUCAUUCCUCUGGAGAAUCUGUGCGUGAGGGAAGUCAUGUUUCAACGCAAACCGUACUGUUUGGAGCUGUAUAACCCCAACACAAGCCGGGGUCAGAAGAUCAAGGCGUGUAAGACGGAGACGGACGGACGCGUGGUGGAAGGGAACCAUCAGUCGUACACCAUCUGUGCCGCUUCAGCCGAGGAGCGAGACGACUGGAUCGAAUCCAUCAGGGCCAGCAUCACUAAAGACCCCUUCUACGAUCUAGUGUCCAUCCGCAAGAAGAAAGUCAUCAACAAAGAGCCAGAGAAAUGAGGAAACGACUGAACUACGAACAGACAAACGGACAGAACUAUAGGAGUGCACUGCUUAUUUAUUAAAACUCACUUAAAGCUCAGGAGAUCAGCUCAGGAGAUCAGCUCUGUCUCAGACGUUUCUCUUGAAAUUGCUUAGACAUUCAAAUGUGUCAAUAGUGAGUAAACCAUAUGAAACGAAAUGUUGAGAAGCUCCGAUCAUCCAUACUGAGAUCAUUUGAUCAUCCUUUCUGAAAGAAUCUUUUCACUGCAGUUAUUUUAAUGUCAUUUCUCAGAGGUUUCUCUCUCAUAGCUUAGGAAAUGUAAGGAUUAUCAACUCUGUCUCAGACGUUUCUGCUGAAAUUCCUCCGAAAAAAGUAAAAAUAGGGCCAAAUGGUUCUCAUCCAGUAAGAGUAGAAAGCAAUAAAAUGAAUGUGGAGCAGGGAUCAUGACUGGGAUCUGAAAUGCUAGAGAGACACACACACACACACACACAUAUUACCGAUGUCUUUUUUGGCAAUGAAUGUCCAUUUGACCUCGUGAGACACUGAGGUUGUCUUGUCGUGUUUAAUCUGCGACUGAAUCCAUUGUGGAGAGCGGCAGUGACGUCUGAUGAUGCUCCAGUGCAGCCGACGGAUCGAUUCCCCUUCAAACACACAUUCGGGACAAAAACAUGGACUUUGAUUCCUUUGUUUUUCAUGUAAAAUAUUUCUGUAAAUAUUAUAGAUCAUACAGUGUGAAAGAUUGUAGGUGAUGAAUUGUACAAUAGAUUAUUUAAUUAAAGUUAUUUGUGACUACA